CUUAUCAAUAACGUUGCCAACGUUCUUGUAGUAAAAUUGUACUAAUCAUUAUAUACCAGCAGAAGUAGACCAGCUUCUGUUCGCCUUCGCACGCAUAAGUAGCCAUAGAGUUGUACGACUGAGGUAGUGGUUGUCAGAAACAAAGCGACUUGUCUGUCGUGUGCACUGCACACGCCCCGCUCACCACGCCCCUGCCACAGCAGUAGGCCCAACCACGCCCGAGAAACGAAGGACGUCAGUCGGACCAGGAACGGUACAUAGUAACUCCGUAGUUGCACCAGCAGAAGAGCCGCCCACGACGAGGUCCCGGACACUAAUAUACGGUGCCACCAGUGUACAGCUAAAGCAUGGGAGGCUGUCAGGGAAAGCAAGCUGGAACUUCUACCGGCUUCGCCUCUACCAGUGGAGUAUCAAAUGCAAAUAUGUCUGGGUCUGGAAGAAUGCAAGUUUGUCAUGCUUGUCUGGCAUGGCUCUGAAAUCUGUAAUGCACGUUACCCAAGAGCCCCAUUUUUCUGUCAUGGAGAAACGCAGUUUGUCAUGCAGAAUAGGCAAAACCUAGAAGCUCAGAAACUUCAACUUGUCAUGCUGGGCCGGCACUUGCGGCCUUCUCAUGAUGCGCUACCCAGCAUCACAAAUUUCCAGACCUAGACAUAUUUGCAGUUGAUAUGGAGCUGCUGCAUCAGGUUCUUUGCCGAGCGGAGGGGGGCCGUUGGAAACGAUCGUCGAAACGACAGCGGAGUUUGCCAUGCAGAGCGCGCAAGAACAACCCCCAGGAGCACCAGACCGGGCGUCUCCAUUUUCGUCGGAUCUCCAUCAGGACCGGAGCAGCGGAGCAGGUGGUAUAAGGUUUUGAAGUUGAUGUAGUUGCCAUGCGAAUAUUAAAUAAAACUCGAAUAUAGAUCUGAGCUUGUCAUGGGUGGUCAUAUGGAAGAUGCGAAGGGGGAAAAUGAAAAAAGUAUAUAAAUCAAAUUAUAUUUCAGAUCUCCAGAGGUUGACCUCCGAGGCCAGUAAAAACGGUUCGCCUGCACCAGAUCAUGGAAUGAUGAACAUGCGGCAAGAACCCUGCGAUUAUCAUCAGGCAGAUCCCAAGUUUCUCGACGAGUAUGACGAGUACCAGUUCCGCCGCGAGCAGUAUUACAAUGAAAAAUGCCCCCACCCCCGAACUUGAAAGCAUUUGUAUUGCAAAUCUUUCCAAAUGAAACAUUAGCCCUCUUGCGUGUAUCAGCAUCAUAGAUUUCCGAUCGUGAAUAGCAAAAAAUUGUAUUGCAAAAGAUCCCAGCAAGAGCGGUGCUUGUCAUGCAAGCGAUGCGAAACACGACUAGAAUCUGCAUCAGAAAGAUUUUUACUCCUUUCAUGCAUGACAAAAAGCUUUCAUUUGGAAACUUCGCAUCACAAAUUGUUGCAAUUUCAGGGGUGGGGGGCAUUUUUCACUGUGAUAAGCAGGCUAUGAUGGCCGUGAAGCACAACUUGACGGACCGCUUUCUGCAAGACGAAGAGCAGCAAACUGUUUUCAACAAUAGCAUCAGCACGGAUGACGUUGUGCUCCGCGGUGGAGCUGCCAAUGUUUACUCUAGUACAGCUGGCUCAAUACAACCGUCGUGCAGCUACCUGCAGCAGGGGGAAUACAACCCGAAGAACCAAAAUGAUCAAGGUCUUACACAAGAACUACAUCAGGGAUCGGCAAAGACACUGUAUGGGGAGCUUUUGCACAGCAGCUACAGCUACCCGAGUCCGACGGAAACUAGUGCGACAAGCGGAAUCAUGGUGGGUGCUGGAGGCGUAUGAGAGUGCACAACCCCCCCUCCCCCUCCUUUGUGUUGCAUGAACAGCAACACAAGCGCUAGCAAAGAUGCAGCUUUUGCAUGACAAAUUCCUAGCCGGUUGUAGUGCUGUUUUGGCUUUUGGCAUCUGUCAUGCAAAGAGUGCUAACAGGCAGAUUCUGCCUGUUAGAAUGCAAAUCUACCUUCUGCCGCAGAAGGUAGAUUUGGGAUUUUGCAUGACAAAUGAGGGGGAGGGGGAGUUGUGCACUGUCAUAAGGCGGAAAUAAUAAUUAUAACGAGUACUACACGACGAACAGCAACAGCGCUGCAAUCUACACGGGGACGACAACUAGUCCGUAUGACGGCCCAGAGGACAACUACACCGAUGAACAACACGAGAAUUACUUAUCAAAUGUAAAAGUGUCUGGGUCUGGAAGAAUGCGCGAUUUGUCAUGCAGCUUUUCCAUGACCCAUGAGAUCUGGAAUGCAGGACCUAGCAUGACAGAUUCUGUGCGAUCUCUCUCAUGCCUAUCCUGCAUUAGAAACUCCCUCCCGACUUGGUCAAAACUGGACGACGUUGGCAAUCUGCCUAGUCGCCCCUAGGUAGGUGCAGGAAAAGGAAUUUUCUGUGUGGGCUUUUUGUGCUUAAUUAUUCCAACAGGGGCUGCGUCUUUUUUUUCUGCCUUGCCAGCAGAGGUGUAUAGAAGAUGGGGGGGCAUUGACGGAAGUGGUGCGAGACCUUGGAGACGGAGCAGGCGACAAGAGCGGAAAUGCUACAAAUCAAAAAAAAAGCUCGCAUACACGCGCACUGUUUAACUGUGUGAAAGGUGUCGGCCCUGAUUGACCUGCUGCGGCAGGCAGGUGAAUUCGUAGAAGUGCUUCACAUGUUAAGUAACGCCCACCGGCCUCCUAGAUUAGUGAUGAAUUUAUAUGCGAAAAACAGAAGAGAGGGGCCCAAUCAAAAAAAAAAAAUCAUGCAACACAGAUUUUUGCAUGUUUCAGAUUUAGCAUGAGAAGUUGCAUCGUUCCAGACCCAGACAUUUUUACAUUUGAUAUUACUUAAACCACAGCAAAAAUAAACCCUACACCAGCAAAACGAGUAGCUACUUCUACAACAACGACCCCCGAGAUGAAAGCAACACCUGCAAGAUGAACUACAGUGUAGCUACCAACAACGCGGAUCGACAUGGUGAAGCCCCCGCGGCGGGGGCAAAAAUCGCAUUAGCAGAAGACAAUUCUUAUGCAUUGCAAAAGCAUCGUACUCGUAUUGCAAUCAUGCAUUACAAAUCCCUUUGCUAAGGAAAAUCCGCAUUACAAAUUUUUUUUUCUGAGGCUGAGGAAAUUUGUAAUGCAUUUAUACGAGUACGAUACUUUUGCAGUUCAUGAUUCUCGCUCAGCGGUGGAGGCCGAGAAGAAAUGCUCUGUGACCAACGCUAUGCAGUGCAGAUACGUCUGGGUCUGGAAGGAUGCAACUUGUCAUGCUAAUUCUGGAUACUGCAAAAAUCUGUGUUGCAUGAUUGCCAAAAGCUGCUCACUUUUGACCAAGCUGAGAGGGGGUUUCUCAUGCAGCCGAGGCAUGAUAGAGGUCGGACAGAAUCUGUCAUGCUGGGUCAUGUAUGACAGACCUCACGCGUCAUGGAAAACCCGCAUGACAAGUCUGCCAACUUUCCAGACCCAGAUGACAUGUUUGCAUUUGAUAAACGCUUUGCUCGCAUUGCUUGAAGAGGAAGAUGAGCAAUACCAGGUGCAGCAUGCCCAGACGGAACGCGAACGGCGGAAAAUAAGCGAGUCCUCGGGCAUGAAAAGCCAGUAUGUGCAAGCGCGACCAUUUGAGAACGGCGGGGUCGUGCGGAGAGGUACAAUGAAAUUACUAAAUGAAAAUUUUGAAAAAUUGAUAAAUGCUGGCGAGUGAUGAAGAUAUUCACAUGCGCGAUAACCCGGCUCAUCGAAUGAACACAUGCACGCUUAUAGCAUCACACUCCUGACUGUUCUUCACAUGCGUUGUAUAAUGUCGAAACCAGCAGGUCCCUACAUCGAUAAUAUCAAUAUGGACGACACAGUGGACAGCUACCUGGACAAUUCUCCAGCAGUAUGAGAGUGCACAACUUCCCCUCCCCCACAUCUGUCAUGCAAAAUGCAUUGCGUCAGCACAGCACUUCCGUUGCUGCAGAAGAUGCCAUUUCAAUGAGGGGGAGGGGGAGUUGUGCACUCUGAUAAGCAGAUGCCACCAUCGAUGAAAGCUUCGUUGCCCCGGACAACAGCGCUGCGUAUCCUAUGUAAAAACGUCCCCACCCCCUAGUUCGUAGCCACAUAGCAUAUGCUUUCUCUUCCCGUCGUAGUUCGUUCUCCUCUUGUUUCCUUUUGUGAAAAUUUGAAAAUUCUCUGUGCUUUAAGUUGGUCUUUUCCAGUACAUAAACACCCCCUAGUUGUAUAUGCAAAUCUGCAUGCUCAGAAUGUGUGUCAUGCGGAGCAGCCCCAUGAGAAGCAUUUUCUUGUUGUGUUUUGGAAUUUGUCAUGCUCCAAUCAGCAUAAUAUGUAGUGAGGUCACCGAACGGUUCUAACCGGGGAGUUUUUUUGACAUAUACCCUGAAAAACGACCGGCAGUUUUCAAGCGGCCGGAAGCGUUUUUUGACAUAAAAGAUUUUCAAUUAUCAAGCGGACGGGGCUUUGCCGUCAAACAAGCCCGGUCGAAAACUAUCGACUCGCACUUGAUAAAACGACGCAGGGGAGCUGGCAAAAGGGGCGCCCUUCUGAGGCGCCCACCGCCUUAGUUUCUGGCGAUUUGGGGCGUCCAAAAAGGGGCGCGCAAAAAACGCGCCCAAAAUCAGAACAGCGAAACAGCAUGGCACGGCCGCGAUUUCGGAGCAUUUUGGGCGGCCGCGAAAGCGGCCGCCUUUUCGCCGGUUUCAGAGCCUGGGAAGCUUUGCAAAAAGCGCCGGCGUGAAAAAUAAAAACGCGAAAAAGAAAAAGCGGCCCGCACGCGCAAAGCCAAUCCGCAUGCUACGGGCCCGAUUUUUCUUCGCUUUUUGGGCGCCCCCCGCGGCACCUGGAUCGGCCCCUUAGCAUGGGGGCUGGCUUUCGGAAAGGGAUUUCAGGAAUUUGCCAAAAUUUGCGACGUUUCCCAAGUGGCCGCCAUACCGUGCGGCAUAACGUUCCUCACGGUGGUAUGGCGAGCCCAUAAAAAGCAAAGCCGCAGCCAAGGCGGCGGUCGGCAAAAAAACGCCCACGACCUCACUACCCCCGCCCCGGCGGCUAUAUUUGGUAGGCUUGGCCUGUAAUGCUUAUGCACGAGCUAAAGAGUAGAGGAUUACACUACGAGGCCAAACUUUUCAUUCGCAUUACAACCAAAGCUUGUGGAUUUGUCUAGCAAAAUUUCCAUUUUCUUAGCGCUAUAGGGCUAUGGGCUGGGGACGUUUUUUCUCAGGACACUGCGAGAGGGUUAUUCAACUGUGGCGCGUGCCUGUUGAAGCGCAUAGGGGAGUGAGUUGUAAAGAUUUGAAGACGUGGCAAGAACGAUGAAUCUGAAUGUAAAUCCAAGUUGUAGAGGAUAAAUCCAACUCCAAGUAGAGGACGUCGUCUCUUUCGUACGAGAAUACAGAAGAUACCAAGAACGCCAUGAAAUGCGCACACCAUCCUCGCUGAGUACUUUGAUACACAAUUCACGACGACAAACAAAUUCUUCCCGCGGUGGCAUUUCCUCCUGUCAUCAACAACUGGAUGGUGAUAACGAUAUUGCAGCUGCUCCGACUCCUUUACUCUGAAUCUGAACACGCGUUUGAAAUUUCGUCGUUGCGUUCGCCGCAAUGAGUAAUACUCAUGCACUUCCC